AUCACCGACCUCCAGGCACACAGUGUAAAAAAUGUCGUCGCAAGUGUAGAUAAUUGCUAAUAUUUUGCUUGUUAGGUCGACAAAAGCAAUCUCGAGUGCACUCGCUUUUAUUGUAAUUUAUUUGUUGCAAAUUUUCUCAUUUUAUAAUACUCUCAACCUAUACACAUAGCCAUGGCAGAUGAGAUGGAUCCUUGUGAAUGCCUCUGGAACCACGAGCUGGCAAUGCGGCGACUCAUCUCCUUGUUACGGCAAGGCCAGUCGUACUGCACAGACAGCGAGUGCCUCGACGAGCUGCCGGGCGUUCCCGCGGCGGCCGGAGCGGGCAACAGCUUCAUGGUCAUGUUUAUCAUGAUGGCCGUCGCCAUGUUUAUGUACGCGCUGCGUCCGCGCAGGAACCAGAUACAGGACGCCGCCAAACCCGGCCCCGGCUCCGGUUUCCAAGAUCGUGAUGACGCCCCUCCAACUCCGCCUAGAAUUUAAUUCCAUUCAGGAUCGUCUGGCCGGUCGCGCCGCGUGCACUAUUUGGAUUCCAGUAAUAUAUGUAUGAUAUUAAAGUAUAGAAAACAUUAGUUGGGGCUGCGCUCCGCCGCGCUAAGCGGCAGGCAACCUCGUAAGAUCUUGUGUAUAGGCAUAAAGUAAUUCGCAGUAAGCGUAUGUGUUACAAUAAUAAAAUUAUUGGCUGUUAAGUUCGAUUCUGCAUGUCUUGAGAAUGUAUUUGGGCCAUCCAAGCCAGGCCCAAGCAAUUCUUGUACGAAAUUUUGGGGACAUUUCACAAACCUUAUGACUAUCAAGUAUUUUAUUUACGGUGCUAUAAUUUAGAUUGAAAGUUUGUGUUAAAUGAACUUAGAUACAACACAAAUUAGGUUCAAUUCUGAGACAUUUUGAGCUGGUUCAAAUGCUUCUGUAAAAUUUUAUGAUCUGACUUUGUAUAAUAUUAGGAAAAUGACAAAUAACAUCCACAAUUCGGACUAGCCUGGUCUGUAGAUUGCUGUGAUACAUAUUGUAACAAGUGAUAGAUCGAUACAAGUCUCAUUAAUAUAUUUAUAAUUAUUACAAUCUUCUGUGGCUAGAAAUAACGCAAGCAAAUUAUUUAUUUGUUUUUUCUAUUAUAUUAAACGUUCGGCCAUGCGAAGAUCGCUUUUUAUUUUCUAGCCUUUUGUUUAGCUUUGUUUUUCAUGGGAUGGGUUUAUUUUACGAUUAGGAUAAUUUCCACAUUGUUAUCAGGUAUGAUAU